UCCUUUCCUUCACAUCAAUGGGAUUAGAGGAAGAAAUACCCUCUCCAUUCUGCUGGCUGGUAUCUCAGUGCUCAGAAGACAAAAUGGAAAUGCAAAGAGAGAGAAGAUCAGGAUAAAUCACUUCUUUUUUUAAUUCCACAUCUGAUCAGUUUGUAGUUUCUAAAUGUAUGAAAAGAUACGUUUCUGAUCUCGAGGGGGCUAAACAAAAACCUGAAGCUGACAGCUCAGUUUUCUUGCGCUGUUGUUCCCCCGGCUUUCUUCAACAAUGACUGAACACAGGGGUCAGACGAACAGUUUAAAUUCUACAAGCAGCACUAUGAUGGAGCUGCAGUCUACUUCGUUCGACCCUAACGUCCCCUCUACAUCGUUGACUCCAAAAGUUGUCCAGAGCAACUUCAGGAUAGUGAGCCGCACAGAGGACAGCGGUCCCUACCCGAUCCCCGGCCUAGCAGAAGACUUCCUCCACAUGCGAGUGAAAGAAGGAAGCAAGAUCCGCAAUCUGCUGCAGUUUGCAUCGUCUCGCAUGCAAGAGGAGGGGCGAGACAGCCGUGGGGCAUCAAUGAGGCAAGUGGUCUUCACUGGCUCGGGAAGAGGGGUCACCAAGACCAUCACGUGUGUGGAGAUUCUGAAACGUAGAGUGGGAGAACUCCACCAGGUGUCCAAGCUCUACUACAAGACCGUGAAUGAGGUGUGGGAGAGUCCACAACAGGGAGCAGCGGGUGUUACCGUGCAGAGGACCGUUCCUGCUGUUUGCAUUCUGCUCUCUAGAGAGCCUCUGGACCCCCAGGAGCCUGGAUAUCAACCCCCGCAGACCCUGAGUGUUUCCGCGGAGGAUGCAGAGAGACGUCGAGGUCUGCUCAGGACGGCUCAUAGUCCCUCCUCACAGCAGACAGCUAAGAGAGUCUGUCUGCAUGACUCAAAUGACUGAAUGCUCUCCAUGAACCUCUCCAGAACUUUCUCCACAAAAGUCUGGCUACAGCACGUAAAAGAUUAUUAUCAAUUAUCAAGGCUUAUGUAUUAUAACACUGGAUUUGGCUACUGGUUUGCAUAAAUAUUCUGGUUUCUACUUUUGGAGGAUAAUCAUUCAAUUUCAUGUAAAGGACCACAAUGUUUAGUUUGAGGAUUUAUUUUUAUAAUAAUUCCGUCCCUUUUUACGGAUAUAACAUCACUGCAAUAAAUGUACUGCAUUUUAGUUUUGUCCUGUGCUGGAGAGUGUGUAGACAUCAUUCAUUUGAAUAAAAUACCCAAAA